AUGCACUGUGCCAUUGCUUUUCUCAUGUACAUGGCAAAUAGCCCGCUGCAAAUGGACCGAUUGGUUGUCACGACCGAACAGAGAGAUGUGGCUUCUUAUCACGUCUAUGAUUAUCACUCCCAUGGCGAGUUCCCAAAUCAAAAGAAAAUUGAUCAAUUCAUCAAGACUCCGAAACGUUUGAGGGAGCCUGGCACAUACUUCAUGUCCUAUUGCUCAAACCUAUUUACCAGUCACCAGAUAGCAUACAUAAUCACCCAAAAACUUAAAAACAUCACAAAAAAAGCCCAUAUUGCUUUCUCCUACAGUAGAAAUGCAGAGAAAGAGUGUCUCAAAUAUUUACCUAUCAAGAGCCACAAGAAUGUAAACGCGUGGCGUAAGAUCAAGUCGAAGGGAAUCUUUGCGGUUGAUGGAAAGUACAAAGAAUUCUUCCCACCGGAUAAAAAACAGCCUGAUAUUUUAACUAUCAAUGGUUCAAUGCAGAUGAAGUCUUUGGUCGCGAAUGGUGAAUUUUUCCUGGGACAGAUGACAGUUUUUGGACAGGAGGCGCUUGCCUGGUACCAGGGACAUUUACACUUGUUUAAACGAAAUUCUAAAACGGCAGCUUGGUUUCCAGUCACGGUAAUUGGAUCAGAGUCGAAUAACGGAUGGAUCAUUACCAACUUUAUUUUGCGAGAAUAUCCCGGAAUCCUGCCCAACUGGGAGGAAUUUUAUGGGUCAAAGAUUCGAUCCGACUUUUAUCAAAAGAUGAGGAGGCUGUAUCCCAAAGCAAAGCAUAACCAGUAUCCGGCAGAGUUUGGUGAAUAUUCUAGUAGAUACCCGUUCCAGCAAAAAAUGACAGCAUCUUGCGCAACUGGCAUUACUAGAGCGAAGUAA